AUGAGGCAGACGUUCAAAAGCGAUGACUCCAUGGUCAUCACCAUCCCCAUCAGGAGUCUCCGGGAUGCUCGAGAGGGUCAGCUGCUGCCGGAGAAAUUCUACUGUGUGUUCAAGGACACCUACAAGGUCUUUGUUGUCAGGGGGAAACCUAAACCUCUUGGGGCUGCCCAAGCCACCGCCGGUGUCUUCGUUCUUAGUCUGGGUCUAACUGUUUCCCAGGCAAACCCCAUUAUUUUGUUCUACACCAUGCCCAGUUUUCUGUUUGUGGUCUCUGGUAUGGUGUCCUACGCUGCAGGACAUUGUCCAAACAUGCAUGUGGCAAAGCUGUCGCUCUCUCUCAACAUCAUCAGUUUCUUCUGGGCCGUUGCAGCUUUUUGUCUCAGCGCUCUCAGCAUUGGUACCCUUCACGGUGUAAAGCUGUUAAAUGGAGUCAGUGGAAUGAUUGCAGCUCUCCUGCUUGUUGAAAUGAUGAUUGCCCUCGCCCUUAUCUUCUGGCUGAGUAAAGCAAUCUGCAGGCAACAUUUCAACACCCUGCCCACCAUACUGCUCAAACAGGAGGUCGGGACCUGAAGGCAUGAUGAAGCUCCGUGACCAGUGACCAACCAGCUAUU